AUGGCUCAUCGACCUCAUCAUGGCUCCUAUACUGUUUCGGCACCAGUACACCCUGUAUCUCAACUGCAAGGCCCCUUUGAAGAGUCUAUGCUUGAGUCCGUUCACGAAGAGGCCGGCCCAGAUAAUUUCCUCAAUCCCAUCGCCCGUCGAAAUAUCCUCCUCGAAGCCCCAGUAUACCAAAGAGUAGUCGCUGGAAGAUGGAAACAAAAGCCGGGGGAGCAGUUCCACCCUCUUUGGAAAUUGAUCGCCCAGAUAGCUUUCGGAAUACACUUGUUGGCUGAGAGAAUGGCCAAGUCGGAGGACGAUGUGAUGCAGAUCUUGCAAGCUCACGUGGACGAAAUCGACGGCUUUCUCGAACGAACCACUGAGGACUUUGACCUCGCUGCAGAAGACAUUCAAGAACGACUACGUUGUCUUAAACUGCCCCUCUCACAUCCAGGCACGUUCGACAAAAUGCUCGAGGACCGCAACUUUCGCCUCUCCAUUGUCGAAGGAAACGAGAAGAUCGAGCACAUUGUAGAGCGAACCACGCAAGCAAUGAAAGAUUCACUGAAAGAUGUACAGAAGGGUUUUGAUUCAACAAGCUGUCUCGAGCUCUAUCUUCAAAGCCUCUGUUCUACUUGGCGAAGGUCCACCGUCGAACACGAGGCAGUCUUUGUCGCCAUGCUCGGAAAUGUCGAAGGCUGGCGGAAGGCAUUCUUAGCCUUACAUGUGCAAGGCAACAAGCUCGGAGGCUCUCUGAAAAGGCUUACUGAUAUCAUAAAUGAAAUGCAGGCCCGAGCGGGAGAAGUCAGUCGGAGACUGCUUCACCAGGCAAAAGUACAGCAUCAACAAAUCAUGGGCAGACCAACGGGACGAAGUACGCCAACCUCGAGGUUUCAGACUCAGCCCACCAAGCAAUUACCGGGUAUGCCGCGACCCCCUUUGAGGCAGGCCGCCUCAAAUGACACUGUGAGGAGUGCACCACCCCUACGUGCCGCUGCUUCUCAAGAGAGCUUAAGGCACAAUGCUUUGCUGAAUAGGGCGCAAACUCCUCAAGAUGGGAUACCAGCCCCACGUCAGGUCAAUAAAGGUGCCAGUCCAAGGAUAGUACAAAUAGGCUCAAAUUCUCAAGCCCGCGUACAGUCUAUGGUGCCCUCGUUAUUAGCUUUUGAUGCUUCUCCCAGCACAGACGGCACACCCACUGAGCCACAAAUCAUCAAUUAUGAGGAACAACUAGGGAGACAUUUUCCACCAGUCGAGCUUCCAGCUCAUGUACCACAAGAGACAAUGCGUCAAGCACCAAUGUCGAAGCAGAACCGACUUAGCAUGGGACUCACAGUGGUGCAAGACGAUCGGCACUUAGGAAAGAGGACCUCUACCUUGGUCGAUCUGCUUCGCUCGGAUCCAGCAAAGGCAGACGUUGCCAACAGACCGACAUCUAGGUCCUCUGAGAUGUCACAGAGAGUAUCAACGCUGCGAACCGUGAGCACCGAACACACAUUGUCGCCAGAUGUCAGGCGUACAACGUCGAUGUUACCUCCACCACAGCCAUCAUCUUCGAUCAGCGAUACAACUUCAAUUGGCGAAGGUCUCUCAGUUCAGGAUGGUCGCUCUCCGAGAGUGACCACAAUCACCGUGCAAGGAAGUGGAGAACAAGACGGUCUCCCAGGAACACCUGCUUGGGCCACUACGACGUUUGCGCAAGCAGAAAAGAAGAAGGAAUUGCUGAAAAGGGGUGCAUUCAGUUCUCACCCACCGGAUCUUCCUCUCGGAAGUCCACCAUUGAAUCGAGGACCUGGUUUUGUAAACCCAUUAGCCCUUGCUGCAGCCAGAAGACAACCCUCACGCUCUUCAAGCGCCGGUCAGAGCACACUAGGAGAACCUGGUCCGGAGGUAACGGCUUCUGAGAGUGGCUCGGCGCACUCUGGGCGACGUGGACACCAUGAUAAACGAGCAUCGGCAUAUGCGCCCGAGGUUGUAGUGGACAAAGUUCCACCCUUGCCAGUACCCAGCAAACAAUUUAUAGCGGAGAUGGAAGGCAGUAGCCCUGUCCCAGCUCAGAAUGUGGCCUCGACACGGAAUAUGGUCAUGGAGCUAGAGGCGCCGAGGCAGCAUUUCGUCUUGCCUCCGCGACCACAACUCAAGCCCUUGUCUCGAACAGAGACAGCGGAAAUGGAUGCCCAGGAACAGUCAGUCCACCAACCACAUUUCGUCCUUCCACCAAACCCCAAAAUGCCUACAUCUUCGGCGGCACAGAGCAAUCAACUUGUAGAGCCGGAGGAGCUGGCCCCACCGCCUCCACCACGGAUACCAGUACACUCAGUAUCUCCCUGCGACGGGCUUGGGCAGCUUGCAACAGGUGACGGAGUGGAGACGAACACUCUCAGUAAUCAGCUUGCAAGUCAGGGCAAAAUAGGUGAGAAUGUGGCUGAGAACAGUGUUGAUUCAGAUAAACAUAAGGUUCCAACGUCAAAGACGCUAGAAGCUGCUGAUAGAGGAUCCGAAAAAGUUGCGACCAUACACGACACAAAACAAGACGGAGAUAUCGAUGUUAUACCACAGGUUGUUCACAGCGAGAAAGAGCCAGCACGAUCGUCGAGUGUCGUCUUCGUGUCGACGCCAAACAUCCCGAUACCUCCUUCACCAUUUGGAGAGUCUUGGAGUCAAGAGGAAGUGCACCAAUCUGCCAAUACUCAGUGCGCAACAGAAUCAUUGUACAUCCUUCCUGCUCUGACAUACAAGGCACCACCUAUUUCGCCACGACUGCCCCCUGAUCCUGUUACGUACCGUCGUACGUCUGAGUCUCCGUCGUCGUCGACGAGGGUGGACGCAGCUCAGCAGUACUCUACACAAGAUAGCGACUCUAUUGCAGAAAAAGUCGCAACGGCAGCCGAGGAAGUGUUGAUUAAGUCGUCAUCAGAUGCUCAGAACACGGGAUCGACGUUCGUAGCAAGCACUGAUGAUGGUGAGCUCCCACAAACGGCGGUCAGCUCUGAGGAGCCCUCGAGCACGAUAACGAGCAACACGACAAGUGCAAAGAGUGCCGCAACACCUGUCACAACAACAAAUAGGUCGAUCACUCGUGAACGUAGACCCUCUGAGCUUCAGAAGACAGGUACAAAACCAUCGAAUGCCACGAACGAAUGGAAGGCAUUCUUCACAGGUCAGCCAUCACCAGCUGGAUCAAAUCUUAGCAUCAGGAGUAUCCGGCGUGAAUCGCUGAUAGAUGGACAAUCUCAGAAGUCACCGAGCCUUCUCAGUCCAACGUCGAUAACAAGCAAACAUGCCUUUCCACCAACGCCAAUGCUAGGGAAGAGUGUGGAGGAGUCAGGACCCGGGUCAGACGGCAAGCAGGAUUUAACAGAGGCUAUUCAAGUGGAAGAAGUUGCACCUGUUGACGGGCUACAUGGACUUGGGAUCAGCACUACUCACGAGAGCGAGAGCAACGCCUUAAUCGUGUCGGAUGGGAAGUGA